AUGGACAAUAAUUACCAAAACAGCAUCUCUCUUGACUUAGAGAAGGCGUUAGCUGAUGAAAGUGUGGCUCCAAUAGACCUACGUUUCUGGUUCCUCAAGGCCAUCACACAAGAUUUCUCUGCUGAUCAACUUAUCGACGUCGGUGGCUUUGGAUCUGUUUAUAAGGGAGUGCUUCCAAAUGGGAUUAUUGUCGCUGUGAAGAAGCUUCAUGAUAACAAGCUUAUUGAGGUUCAAGAGAAGGAUUUCCUGCAUGAGGUUGAUUGUCUCAUAGAGGUGCUUGAAAGUUGGACGAACACAUUUGGGACAUCAAAGAGCAAUCCACCACUAGAAGAAGUAAAACUAUGUGUUGAGAUAGGGAUAGAUUGCAUGCAUGAUGACCCAAGCAAAAGGCCUCAUAUACAAGAUAUUAUCCGUAGGCUUAAUGAAACAGAUAUUUCAGUGCAGCAGCUGGGUAGGUUCUACCAGUACUAUCGACAGGCCAAACAAGCAUGCAAGCCAAUGCGAAUUAUUGCAUCCAUGGCGCCAGAGCUACGUCCUUGUUGGUCAAGCGAGAGUGCGCUGCUGGAUGUCCACCCUCUCGAGCUCUGCUUUCCCUUCGAGGCCAAAAAGGUUACACAGUGCUCACUAAACUUAGUUAACAGGACACAUCAAUAUUUUGCCUGUUUUAUCAGACAGCAGUUCCAAGAUAUGUAUGCUAUCGACCAGCGCAUCUACGAUUUGAGCCCAAUGUCCACUGUUGUUUUAACUGUAAAGAUGGUAAGGCAAGAGACACCGCCAUUAGAUGCGGGCAUGUUUGAGAUACUGAUGAUCUCCAUGGAGAGCAACAAGGACCUUCAAAAUCUGGAGUCAUCCAUUGACAAUGAUUCCCAAAAAAAUGAUGAUGAUUUAUUGAAGCGAGUGGAAGAGUUCGAUGGUGAGGUACAUGCUGCCGUGUUGAAGGCUGUCAUCUGCCCACCAAAGGAUCCUGCCCCUAAGGCAGUUUUCUGGGAUGGCGAAAGGAGAACAAGCAAGGAGGAGGCAGAAUGGCAGCUGGCAGGCUGGAGGCUUAGGCACCCGUCAGAGAAGCCUGCCUCCGCUGGUCCCUCCCCCACUUCCGCGCGGGGCCAACGAACGAGGGCAGGCGUGGACCGGGGACGACUGUUCCCGGGGGAGGCAAUUUGA